UGUGUGUUUAUUUACUCGUCAGCUGAUGUUCAGUUCAGUGCUGUAUUGUUGUCUUUACUGAAUGUCUGCAAAAGGCGUUUUGCAAAAUUGAGGUUUGAGGAUUACUUCAUCAAAAGUGCUGGCGAUUUUUUCAGAAUGACACAGUGGGAGCGAUUGCAGCAGCUGGAUACAGUGUAUUCACAGAGGGCUUUUGAUCUGUACAACAGAGAUGAGUUCCCAAUGGAAGUGAGACAUUACUUGGCGCAUUGGAUCGAGGGCCAGGACUGGGAACGUGCUUCGCGGGACUCCUCCCAAGCCGCGUUCCUGUUUCAAGUGCUUUUGGAGAAUCUGGACAACCAGUUCAGUCGUUUUGCGCAAGAGAAAGAUAGUUUCUUACUGCAGCGUAAUUUCAGACGCUACAAACAAAACUUUCAGAAGUAUCAAGAGGAGCCCUAUACUCUUGCUACUAUUAUCAACUGGUUCCUGGUGAAGGAGAGAGAAAUCUUGAAUGAUGCAGAGCUUGCACAGCAAGUGCAGACAUUGCAGGUUCAGCCAGCAGCAAUGGAGUUGGAGAGCCAGAGACAAGUAGAAAAGAGUUUGAAAGACCUUAAGACCAAAGUAGAGGUGAUGGAGCACAGCAUAAGGUGUUUGGAGGAGCAGCAAGAUGAGUUUGAUUUUAAAUAUCAGACACACCUAAUGGACUCUUGCACAGAAGAAGAGAAGAAAAUGCAAGUAGAAGGGCUUCAGAAGAUGCUCAAUGCACUUGAUAAAUGCAGAAGGAGCUUCCUAUCUGAUAUCUCAACUAUGUUGGACACUGCUGAUGCUUUGCGCUCAGCGCUUAUAGACGAGGAACUGGUGGACUGGAAGCGGAGACAACAGAAGUCCUGCAUUGGUGCUCCUGAUGAUACAAGUCUGGAAAACUUAGAGAAAUGGUUCACUCAAAUUAUUGAGUGCAUGUUCCAGCUGCAGAAGUUCUUACAGAAGCUGGAUGAGCUGGUAGGGAAGAUGACCUACGAAAAUGACCCCAUCCCAGUCCGAAAACCCCCUUUAAAGAGUAGAGUGGACACUCUACUGACCCACCUGAUAAAGAGCUCAUUUGUCGUGGAGACUCAGCCAUCCAUGCCACAAGGUCGAGGCCCGCUGGUGCUGCGCACAAAUGUUCAGUUCUCAGUUAAAGUCAGAUUGUUAUAUAAAGUUUCUGAACUGAACCAUGUUAUGAAGGUGACUGUUUCUGUUAACAAUGCUGCUUCACAACUAAAAGGGUUUCGGAAAUUUAAUGUGCUGGGUACCUUAAGUAAAGCUCUUAACAUGGCUGAGAGUAUGAAUGGGGGCAUGGUCGCUGAUUUCAGACAUUUGACUUUGAAAGAUCAAAAAGUUGGUGGUGGAGGAAAAGGAAUCAAUGAUCUCUCAUUGAGUGUGACUGAAGAACUGCACAGAAUAACCUUUCAAACCCAGUUUGACUAUCAAGGCCUGUCUGUCUCUUUGGAGACCUUUUCCCUUCCUGUUGUGGUGAUUUCAAACUCCAGUCAGCAGCAGAGUGCUUGGGCAUCUGUCCUGUGGUUUAACACGCUCUGUUCAGAUCCAAAGAACAUCAAGUUUUUUGAAACCUCUCCUGCAGCCGCUUGGUCACAGUUUGGGGAAAUGCUAAGUUGGCAGUUUCUCUCCUGUGGGAAACGUGGUCUAGACAAUGACCAGUUGGAGACCCUCGCCAUCAAGCUCUUUGGUAAACAACAGAGCUAUGACAGCUGUAAGAUAUCCUGGGCCAAGUUCAGUAAGGAGAACCUCCCUGAUACAAACUUCACCCUGUGGGUGUGGCUGGAUGGCAUUCUAACCCUGGUUAAACUCUACCUGUCAGACUUGUGGAGUGAUGGGUCUAUAAUGGGCUUUGUCAGCAAGGGAAAGGAGAGACUUCUAUUAAAGAAGAAGCAGAAUGGCACUUUUCUGUUGCGUUUUAGCGAAAGCAUCAAAGAUGGAGGAAUCACGUUCAGCUGGGUGCAGUACGCUAACGAUGGCACUCCGAGUGUGCAAACAGUGAAACCAUUCACCAGUACUGACCUAAAGCAGAUUGCUUUACCUGAUAUCCUCUGCAACUUUCGGAUCAUGGUAGCAGAAAAUAUUCCAGUUAACCCACUGUGUUACCUUUACCCAAACACUCCCAAAGACCAGGCCUUUGGCAGAUACUACAGUGAAAAGACUGGAGAGGAGAAUCCUUACCUGAAGUACCUCAAAACCAAACUGGUUUUUGUCUCUAAAGAGAAUGGCUGUUCUGGCGUCAGAGAGGGGCCAGAAUCUGACCUGUCCACACAGGACAGAGACCCUCUUUUUUUUCCUGACGCCGGUGAUGACUUGUUGCUCCAAGCGUUUGAGAAGUCUCCGAUGCUCUCCAGCUCUACCAUUGAUGAAGAUAUGCUUAACAGUAUUUUGGACAGUGAUAACGAGUGCACUGUUCCAGAUGCAUUUCCUCCAACCGCCCCCCACACUUCACCAUCAUGCCUCCAACACAACUUUUCAGAGAGCCAUGUGGAUAUCCUUGCAGAUGCACUCUCUCCAGACAUUGAUGUUAAUGACACAUUGCAUGAGUUUAUAAACUGUCCAAACAUCCUAAAUGACAUAAACCUUCGAAUGCUGCCGGAGGAGUCAGAUGACUUUGUCAUUGAUUCUGGUUUUCAAGACCUUGGCUAUCCCAACAUACCGCUGACCCCCUAAAUUUCAUCCAUUUAACACAAAACCAUGAUUUCCGUAACUCUGAUUUGUUGUAAAUAAGUAUCAAGUAGACAGGCAAAAUACAGCUCAUUAUUUCUAAUGAUUUCAUUAUUACUUUAUCCAUUUAGUGUUUAUAUCUGAAUGUCUACACAUCCAGUCAUCUGUUACUUAUGUCUUCCUUUUUUUAUUAGAGUAAAGCCUUUGAAAAGGCUUAGAGGUCAAAAAAGAGCUUUUAAGAUUAAAUCUUGUGACCUCACUAUUCGUAAGCUGCUAGCAAAUAUUUGUCCCUAUAAAUAUAAGCUGGAAAAAAAAAGUUUUAUUGAAAUUAAUUCAAACCAUAUCGGAGCACUUUUGCAAAUGGAAAUUAGUGGAGAAAAGAGUUAGAGAAUAGAGUUAGGAAAAAUACAUAUUCCAUUUGACGCAAGUAAAGAUCAUGGUUUUAUGAUCCAAUUAUACAAUCAGCUUUUUUGCUGGUCAAAAGAACAGUUUGUAUUCUUUUAUUCUAAUUAACUGGGCCUUAUUGGAAAGAUAUUUUGACAGUGAAAGCAAUAAACUUUAUUAAUGUGUUAAACACGUAUAGUAAUGUGAAUCGGGCAUUAGCUUUGAGCUAAUGGUUUAAAAAGCAUCUCAACAGCAAAGACAUUUUUGUGCAUGCACUUAUGACUAUAGAACAAAUUCUCUAUGAAUUCUCCAAUUUUUAAGUUCGAAAAAAUGAAAAAUGUCUUUGCAAUAGAAACAGUGAAUUUAAAGCACCUUAAAAUAGUGCUUGGUUUAAAUGUUAUCACGUCAUUUGACAUUUUUGGCACCAAUGCUGAUGAUGCUUUUAUAGUAGUCUUUAACUUUAGGAUUCGAGGCACCUUCACUUUUUUUGUCUUUUAUGAUCAGUUUUUAUUUUGUAUAACCACUAUUGAGAUUGUAGAAAAGACCUGAAUGCUUUGCUUUUUGAUUUGAUGGCUUUCACUAAACUGCCCAACAUGAAGCCAAUAGAAAUACUUCAUUAUCCUGUUUUUGGGACUGGAUAGUUGAGCCAUCAAUUACAGAGUUUUCAUUAGGCAGAUACUAUUUGAAAAUGUAAAUUAUUAUUUUGACACUGCUCUAUUAUUUUGAAAGUUGAAAUAAGUUCUGUUAUCCCAGUUGAAGGCAGAUUAUUCAGAGCUUCAUCUCUCUGGUGAAAAUACUUGAUAAUGUUUGUUUUAGAUGUUAAUAUCUUUUAAACAAAAUGAAUUUGGAUUCGACUGAUUGUAUGAUUACUCUGAGAGUAACACUGUGAUUUCUGAUGGCAGAAAAAAUGCACUUGAGUGGAAAUGUGUAAGAACAAAAUGCUUCUGAUUUCUUGGUAAGUGAAAUGAUUUGCUGUGUAACAAUGUUUACAGAUAAAGUGGAUGUGUUCCUCUAACUGAAUCUGUUGGGUCCUGGAGGAGAUCUCUGAAAUCUUUUAGAGAGAAAAAAGGCCCAAAUAGUUUUUUCCCCACAUUUCCUUCUUUUUUUUUUUUUUUCUCUAAAAGGAAAUGCCAUAUCAAAGUUGUUUAAUCACUUUAUUGCAGAAUCAUUUCGUUACUCCAUGAGCACUUCUUUUUGAAUUUGUAGACUUUGUUUCAAAUGCAUGUAACCAAGUUUUGCAUCGUGUCCACUGUGUAAUGUGGUUUGUAUCUGUGAACGAGACAUUGUAGAGUUGAAAUACCAGAGUGUUAACAAUGGUACAAUAUUCUCCAAUAAAACAUCUAACGAGAGAGAAAUCUGUCAUGAUGU